CAUGUAGAUGUGUAACUAACCACUUGUCAAAGUUGCCGAAAAAAAAUUAAGUUGACGAACGAUGAUAGAGUUACGAAAUAUUGAGACAUAUGAUGCCAGAAUGAAUGCUUGAUUUCACUGGUAGAGGACUUCAUACUUACUAAAAUGGAGGAUGAGAGGAAGGACUCUUUGUUAGCACGUGUGCGUUAUAUUCCACCUGACAGGUGCCAUACAGUGUAUUUAAUCUUCUACCUUCUGGGCGUGGGAUCACUAUUGCCAUGGAAUUUUUUCAUAACUGCUAAACAAUAUUUUCAGUUCAAGUUAAGGAACACCAGCUUGCCUGUAGACUACAUCCACCAUGACGAGGAAGUCAGCACAGAUCUACAGGCAUCCUUCGAGGCUUACAUUGCCAUUGCCAGCACCGUCCCCAACUUAAUCUUCAUCUUGCUGAAUGCCAUGCUUGUAAACCUAAUCCCGCUGAAGGUGAGGAUGGUGGGGUCACUGAUGGUAAUGAUGACAAUGUUCUGUCUCACAGAUGGAAUGGUUUUUGUCAACACAGAUGAGUGGCAGACAGAUUUCUUCAUUUUAACUCUUGUAACAGUUGCCAUAACAAGUGGUGCUACAUCUGUGAUGUGUGGGGCAUUGUUUGGGCUGUCUGGGCAGUUCCCUGCCAGUUACACUCAGGCAGCUAUGAGUGGUCAGGCUAUGGGCGGUACCUUUGCAGCAUUGGUCAAUGUCCUGUCACUCGGGGUAGGAAGUAGUGUCAGCUCCAGUGCCUUUGGUUUCUUCCUUUCAGCUGUGAUUGUGGUCAUCCUCUCAGUCUUUGGUUUUGCCUCCUUGUAUUUCUUGCAAUUCUCCCAGUUCUACAUGGGUAAGACAUCAACAGGUUCCUUAGCACAGUCCAUAAACUACGCAGUGUUGGUGGACUCUGAUGAGGUGGAGUCUGAGGAGACAGACUACAUAUCUAAUGUAGAUGACCAUGCUGCUGACAACAAUAGCACAGCACUCAAAAUUAUUCUUAAAAAGGUUUGGCCACAAGCGUUUGCAGUGUUUUGGGUAUUUACAGUUACCCUGGCCGUAUUCCCGGGUAUCUGCUCCGCCAUAGAGUCAGAGCAGAAAUAUGGCAAUAGUCCUCUUACUAACGAAUACUUCACUCCUGUGGUGUGUUUUGUGCUAUUUAAUGCUGCGGACUGGAGUGGAAGGAUGGUUGCUGGAUGGGUUCAGUUGAUGAGGAAAGAGAACAGUGUUGGUGUGGUCAGCGUGACUCUUCUCCGUACAGCGCUUAUCCCGUUACUGAUGCUGUGUAACGCUCACCCAAGGACACAUCUACCUGUGAUAUUUGCUAACGAUGCCUUACCUGUCCUCUUCAUCAUCCUGUUGGCCUUGUCCAAUGGUUAUGUCAGCACAUUGGCUAUGAUGCAGGCCCCACAAAAAAUUCCGCCACAUUUUGCAGAGCGUACCGGGGCGUGGAUGGCUGUGUUCAUUGCUGCUGGUCUAGGGCUGGUUCACUCAUGUCAUUAGGACUUGUCAAGGCUAUAUGACACUUGCUUCACUCUGUAGCCUCCACUCCUGUGGGCGAGACAUUUAUACAUCUGAUACCUCUUUAUGCUGAACACCUACCCAGGAAGUGUUUUUACCAUGGCCUGACCCAGGGUUGAACAAGGACAGUUGACGCAAACAUGUAUGAUGAUAGGACUUGCACUGGAGCAAGGAAGCUAACAUGUAUCAUGCUAGAACCUGCCCUGGAGCAAGGAAGCUGACAUGUAUGAUGCUAGGACCUUUCCAGGAGCAAGGAUGCAGAUAUGCACCAUGGUAGGACCAAUCCUGGACCAAGCACGCAGACAUGUACCUUUGCUAGGACCUGUCCUGGAGCAAGGAUGAAGACAUGUACCUUUGCUAGGACCUGUCCUGGAGCAAGGAUGCAGAUGUGUACCAUGCUAGGACCUGUCCUUGAGCAAGAACGCAGACAUGUACCAUGCAAGGAUGCAGACAUGGAGCAAGGAUGCAGACAUGUACCAUGCUAGGACCUGCCUUGUAGCAAGGAUGAAGACAUGUACCAUGCUAUGACCUGUCCUUGAGCAAGCACACAGACAUGUACCAUGCAAGGAUGCAGACAUGGAGCAAGGAUGCAGACAUGUACCAGAAUCCUUACAUGUUUGGUUAUCGAUUCUGCUAUCUGUCUUGAAGUGCUUAAAAUCACUAUUACUUGUAUCAGAGUAGCUUUAACUGGAACUAUUAAUAUUUUGUUGUACAUGAACAUUUUUAUACCAGAUAUACAUGAAAUAUCUAGAACACUUAACAUUCCGUACCUUUAGCGAGACUGAGUUUGAUUCAUGAUAUUGAGGUGUUGUCAGACUGUACAGGUACGUUUACAAAAAGAAAAUAUUUUGUGUUUGUGCUGUAUUGCUGCCUUGUGUUCAAACCCUCAGCUGUGACUUAAAAAUUGGUAUGUUUAAUUUAGUAGUCUAUGCAUAGACAUUGUAAACUGUGAUCGUUUUUCUCACAUUUUGGUAUUAGUGGACUUUCCACCACAUUUAGAGCUCAAGCUUGUAGAAGCAGUAUUUGCUUGGGACAAAUAGCCAAUAAUCUGCUUGGGACAGUUAGCCAAUAAUUUGCUUGGGACAGUUAGCCAAUAAUGUGCUUGAAAUACUUAAAUCUGGCAACAGCUUUAGACACAACCAUUGAACAAGAUGGCUUAUCAUGUAACGUGUUGUCUUAAAAGAGGUAGGUUCUGGAAGAGAGCAGUAUGCUCUCAUCUUUCACAUCUGUAUGUGUUCUUUACAGUUGUUCCAGGGUUUAUUUCCAAGUUUGUCUAAAUUGCAAUUGAGUUUGGUCACCCAAGUUUGUGUGGAUGUCAUGUAACUUCAUCUCCCAGUCUGAGUUAAAGCUUUAUGUACAUGUACUUGUAUGUGGAAGAGUGAAUGUUGGAAGAAGAUUAGAUCUGAAAAUGGGGAAAUAUGAGCAUGUGUUUUAUUGUGGUUCUCAUAUUCAAAAUAUUUUAUUUUCUGCAUUCUGCAGUAGUGAAAUUACAUCUACAUGUAUUAAUGCCUUCUUUCGUGUGAAAAUGUCCAGUAGUUAGGGAAAUGUCACAUGUUGUAGAUCUCUGGAUCUAGUUCUCAAGAGUAUUGAGAUGUGCAUAUUGCUGAAUCACCAUGGUUAUGGUAUAUUUACUAUUAAUAUUGAUGCUAGUUAUCUCUACCUUGAGUGUAACUGUCACCUGUCACAGUUUGUCAAAUGGGUGGUCUAUCUACAUGUACAUAUAUGUCAUUGUGCAAUGUUUUACCAGGAUACCUGGAAAGUUUGAGAGCAUAAUAACAUUAUGAGAGACUGGAAUUAUUGACAUGUUUUAAAUAAAUUUGCGCGGGUCUUUAAUAAGAUAUUUUAUUAUUGUAUAUCUUCAAUGUUUCUUAUCAAUGCAUCUAUAAAAUAAUAUGCUUAAACUUAGUGUGUUUUUGUUAUGGUUGCUGGCAAACCUUACCACGUACAGCCAGAGAGGAAGCCAGCAUGAGCUGAACUUAACACACAGAUACCGCAUUCGUUUGAGACUCCUGGGGCAUUGCGCUGCACUAACCACUGGGCCACCGAGGCCCCUGCAUGUCUAAAGGUCUCUAUACGAGUGUUGCACAUGUGCACAUGAGUGAGGUUUAGGAAAUGACCUGUGUCAAGUUGGAGGAAAUACGGAUGAGGUAGCUCUCUAUGGGAACUGAACAUGCCUGCCACAGUGCAGAAACAAUAUCUUUUGAUCUUGACCUUGGUCAGUCUUUCCUGAUUUUAGAGGUCAGUCUUUCUUUGUGGAAGAAUUAAUGGAAACUUGGAGGGUUUUAUUUUGCACUGAUAAAGUUGUAUUUGAAAACUGGACAGAAAAGAAUAUUUUACGGACGUCGAAAUUGAGUGAAUAUUGUGGGUCAUAUUACUUCACAUGUUUGGAGCAUAUUGGCACAAAAAUUCAAUUUGGGGAUGUGUUGUCAGUGCUUUUGUUCUUGACAUUCCGGGCAAAACUGUAGCCUGCAC